ACGUGAACGUGAUAGUGAAGAGGUUGGGACUAGUGUCACUUUAAUGUGUCUGAAUUUUGAAAGCAUUCAUUCACUCACAUCACAUGUAACAAAUGUUCGACUGAUCAAUGUCGUCUUCUUCUCACUGAUCGCUUUGUGAAGGAGAAGAUGGGUUCGGUUUCUCUGAAAAUAAGCGACGGAAGUGCGAGAUUCAAGAGAGCAUCACUCUGUUCCUCCGCACUCAUCAACACUCUCAUGAUCUUCUCUGUCAUCAUCACCAACCUCUUCGCCCUCUACGCCUUCACUUCUUCCCCUCACACUCACACUCACACCCACCUCCCACUUCACAAAAACUUCUCCCUCAUCUCAGAACAAGUCACCCUCAUUCUCCGAGAGAUCAAUUCCUCUCAGAACAAACUUGCCCAGAUACAAAAACACCUUCUCGGCUACCAAAGCCUCGACCUUUCCCGACCCAACAUUCCAAGCGAACUCAAACUCUUCCUCCACCAUCACCACCUCCCUCUCGGCAAAGACUCCAAAACUGGAAUCACCCAGAUGGUCUCAUCCAUUGGCCACACCUGCCACAAAUCCUCUCACUUGUUGUCUCACUACAUGACUUACAACGUUUCCAAACCCUGCCCCGAUGAUUGGAGCAUCGCACAGAAACUCAUUUUGCGAGGGUGUGAGCCUCUCCCUAGAAGAAGGUGUUUCGCCAAAACCAUUUCCAAGGCUAAUCUUCUCCACCCUUUUCCCACCUCGCUUUGGAAGCCUGUUGCCAACAAAACCGUUAACUGGAGUGGUUUAAGUUGCAAGAGUUUUGAGUGUUUGAGUGGUAAAAAGUUGAGUAGGGAUUGCAUUGGUUGCUUUGACUUGGUGAAUGGGUACGAGAAUGAGAGGUUUGUGAGGUCAAGGAGUAAGAGUGAUUUUGUGGUUGAUCAAGUGUUGGCAUUGGGAAGUGGUGGGGUUAGGAUAGGGCUUGAUGUUGGAGGCGGUUCUGGAUCCUUCGCUGCUGUGAUGGCCGAGAGGAAUGUUACUGUGGUUACUAUCACUUUGAAUGUUGAUGCUCCUUUCAGCGAGUUCAUUGCUGCAAGAGGGCUUUUUCCUCUCUUUUUAAGCUUGGAUCAUAGGUUGCCGUUCUUUGACAAUGUGUUUGAUUUGGUGCGUUGUGGGAGUGGCUUGGAUGGUGGAGGGAGUCCAGAGAAGUUGGAGUUUUUGAUGUUUGAUGUUGAUCGCGUUUUGCGGGCUGGUGGGUUGUUUUGGAUGGAUAACUUGUGUUAUGUUGAUGAAGAGAAGAAGAGGGUGUUGACUAGGUUGAUUGAAAGGUUUGGCUACAAAAAGUUGAAGUGGGUUGUGGGAGAUAAGAGUGUUGGAUCAGCCAAGUCUCAUGUUGUUUUAUCAGCUGUGCUUCAGAAGCCUGUAAGGGUGUAAGAACUUUUUUUUAAUACCAAGUUAAAAGAGUUUUUGAGA